CGGAUGAGUGGGCGGGAUGUUCACUGGGCUGUAGUUCCGUCAUCCAGCUCAUCUCCGGGGCUACAGGGGGCCAAUGUUGAUUUGGGCUAAUUCUCGUCGUUGUAGAUGAACAUUAGGGGUUUAGAAGCCUCGGGUUGCUAGCACGAAUCCUUUCGAUUGAGAAGACCGCAUACCCGCCCUGCCCGUCGCUGUUUAUUUUAUUUCAUUUCUAUUGGGGAGACUGGACUGACGGUGGGAAGAGGGGGGCCUCGAUCGGAGGGGUCUACAAGGAGUCCGAGGAGAAGACUGGCUCCUCCGCGACCCGGGAUUGUCGCUCGAUAUCGGUUUGGUAAAGCGAGGAGCGGCUGCACCCUCGCGGCACCAUCAGCGGACAGCCUGUUCAAGAUCAAGACCACGUUUGGAUUUAGGAAAUACGGUCUCGUCUUAAUCGACCUGCUUGGUGGAACCUGAGAGCGACUCAUCGCCCGUUGACAGGUUGUCAUCAUGGGCAACGCGCCCACGGCCAGGAAGGGCAGCGAGAUGGAAAGCGUCAAGGAGUUCCUUGCUAAGGCCAAAGAGGACUUCCUGAAGAAAUGGGAGAGCCCUGAACAGAACACUGCUUGCCUGGAGCAGUUUGAGAGGUUGAAAACUCUGGGCACGGGCUCAUUUGGUCGUGUUAUGCUGGUAAGGCACAGAGAAACGGGACAGCAUUACGCCAUGAAGAUCCUCAACAAGCAGAAGGUGGUGAAGCUGAAGCAGAUAGAGCACACGCUGAAUGAAAAGAGAAUUCUUCAGGCCGUCAACUUUCCUUUUCUCGUGCGAUUAGAGUACUCGUUCAAGGACAACACUAACCUCUACAUGGUGAUGGAGUAUGUGCCAGGUGGAGAGAUGUUUUCCCAUCUACGAAGAAUUGGCAGAUUUAGUGAGCCUCAUGCUCGGUUCUACGCUGCUCAAAUUGUUCUGACCUUUGAGUACCUACAUGCUUUGGACUUGAUCUACAGAGAUCUCAAACCGGAAAACCUUCUCAUAGAUCAACAGGGCUACAUACAGGUGACAGAUUUUGGCUUUGCCAAACGUGUAAAGGGCAGGACCUGGACACUCUGUGGCACCCCAGAAUAUCUGGCCCCUGAAAUUAUCCUUAGCAAGGGAUAUAACAAGGCAGUGGACUGGUGGGCGCUGGGCGUACUGGUCUACGAGAUGGCAGCUGGGUACCCCCCUUUCUUUGCUGACCAGCCUAUUCAGAUCUAUGAGAAGAUUGUAUCGGGAAAGGUACGUUUCCCGUCUCACUUCAGCUCCGACCUGAAGGAUCUCCUGAGGAACCUGCUACAGGUUGAUCUCACUAAACGCUACGGGAACCUCAAGAACGGUGUCAAUGACAUUAAAGGACACAAAUGGUUUUCAACUACAGACUGGAUUGCCAUUUACCAGAAAAAAGUGGAAGCUCCUUUCGUUCCCAAGUUUAAGGGGCCAGGCGACACCAGCAACUUUGACGACUACGAAGAGGAGGAGAUCCGCAUUUCCUUCAAUGAGAAAUGUGCCAAGGAGUUUGCCGAGUUCUAGAGAGUACACGUGAGUGAGUGAGUGAGUGAAUGAGGGAGGGAGUCGAUAAGGAAGAUGGGGAAGUGGGAGCUAGGCUGGUUAAGUGGGAGUUGUAAGGGGGAGCCUUACCGUCUCCUGUCACAAUCACAAGCACCAGCUGCAAAAAAGGGAAAAGGAAUUGAACGAGGAGAAUGAUAACCAGCAGUGUUGCCUUUGUCUGUUCUACUUUCUUUCUGAUUCUGUCUCAUGUUUGGAUCCCUUUAUAAUGAAGGUGUGCUUCGGAUUCAUGGAUUGGGCAACCCCUCUCGUUGAGAAUUUCCUCUUUGCUGGUAUGCUUUCAUCUUUCGCGUUUAAGGCCCAAAAGAGGCGAGUCCAUUUGUUAGAAUCAACUGUUUCAUUUGUUCGUCACACGCGAGGACCACUGGAACUGGACCAGCUAAAAGUCUGCACUGAAUUUUUCAAUUCACAUUGGGAAUUGGUUGAUAUGCUCUUCAUCUAGUGAGCAGUAGAAGUUCCAAACUAAACGCUCAAAUCAGACACGCACAGAUACAUGUACGGCUUGAGAGGUUUUGGUUUUGCAAAGUUUUUUUUUUUUUUUCCUCUCUCGAGGAACUCCAUACUCCAUGUUGUAGGCAGCAUACUGUAUGUCAAAGUCACCAGUGUCAUAUCGUAAACCGUAUGAUGCAUUGCAGACAGAAGUCACUCUUGAUGACUGUGUGUGUGUGUGUGUGUGUGUGUGUGUGUGUGUGUGUGUGUGUGUGUGUGUGUCAGUGUUAGUCUCAUUGCAACAUAGCAACUUUAUCCAUCUCCAUGGCAACGUUUAAAUGUGAUAUCAUGUCACACUAACUAACACAACGACAUGGACAAGGGAAUGGACAAGCACUGUUUCGUGAAGGAACACUUAAUGUUACAUAAUAGUAUCUCAGGUUUGAACAUAUCACUCAGUUGGGGACAUUGGAUAGCUUGCAUGGAAAUGGAAAUUUCAAGUUCUGGUCAGAAUUCAAAAGGAACAAAAGGGAAUUUUUAGAUAUUUGAUUAGUGUCUUCCACAUUCUUGCCCUUCCAUUUGGUUUUGUGACUGGAAAAAAAAAAACCCUGUGUUGUGUUGUCUGCGCUCUGCUCUCACCUACUCUGCAUGUUCUUGCCGUGAAAGGGACCAUCUGAGGCAGACUACCUCAAACUGCUUCUGGAUUACCAGAGCACUUUGAUCUGUCAUUGAUGCUGGUCUUAUUUUUGUCCCGCUUUAUUUCAAUUGUUUUUAAACUACCCGACACUCAGCUUGAGCCAAUCACACCUCUCUCUCUCUCGACCUCACUGUAUGCUCUUUAAGUUACAUGAUACAUGUGGUCAGUACCUCCUUUAGCUACGAUGACAAAUGUUUCGAUGACAAUUCUGAAACAAAACAAACAUCAAGCCUUUUUUUUAUUAUGAUUUCAUAGCUACGUUAUAGUUCAUCGCCAUAUACUGGUUCUUGAUAUUUUAGUAGAGUUUCACGCAAAAAGUGCACUCUAAGAGCGAUUGCAAUUGCCCCAAGAUAAGUGCAGAUUCUUCUGAUUCUACACAUUUAUUUAAUGAACUGCCUAAAAUCAAAGCAAAUUGCACGAAUUUAGUGCACCACUUGUUUUAUUCAUUUCACUGACAUUUUCAUUUCACUGACUGUUUUCUGUAGUAUUUAUGUAUUUAUUUAUCUAUUCCUGCUAUAUAUAUAUAUAUAUACACACACACACACACACACACACACAUACACCCACGCAAAUAUAUACCCAUAUUGAGACAUAAAAGACAGACAAGACAUAAGAGUUGUUGAGCUUUUGUGUUCUAAAGACUGGCUUGGACCCACCUUGAAAAUUAGAUACUAAUAUAUCUAAAGGGGUUUUUCUGUAAGAAAUGUAACAUACCUGAUGCUUACCUAACAAGACACUGAAACAAAUGCUCACUUUCUGAGCAGUGCAAUUUCUUUUAUAAGGAGAGGAGGAAUUGUUGACCAAUCAAUCUGAUGUCGAAUUCACAUUGUCAUUAGAUCAAUCAUAAUUAUUACUUUGCUAUUUUUUAUACUGUUGUAACCCGGUUGUUAAGACUUCACACUUGCUGUAUGCCAGUCAUGUCCGAUUCAAUGUUGACUCACAUCAUGGACAAAACAAAAUUUAAAGUUCCAAAAAUAUUGUGUCUCUCAUCGAUGUUUCUGCAGUGACACUUCCCCUCAAAGCAGGCACAAUGCUAUGUUGCCACAUUUUUAGGGAAAUGAAAGACUUCUGUGUAAACCAUGUUAACCCCUGCCACACAUGCAGCUUAACACGCACGACACACGCACACGCAGCAAAGGAAAGUCAUGAUGACAGUGACAUAAAAAAACAUGAGUGUAAUAUUUUGCAACAUGAAUAUCAUUCCAAUAAAGUUUUACUUGUAAAAUUA